UCAGGCGCACUGUGUCGGUCGGUCGGCCUUACACACACACUGACCCGGUUCGCGUUGCGAAUGUAGGUUUCUACGCGUUUGUCGGACAAGGGAGGAACCAGUGCUGGUGCUGUUGUGUCGUCUGCGAAGUUGUUCGGGAGAGACUCUCACAACACGCUCGUAUGUGCUAUACGCAGUCUGAACGCUCGUGCGAAAUUCAACGUGUGAGCGCUCGCGUGUGAUAGUCAGCGUGUGUAUUAUCUGCAUGGAACUACACGGUGACUGUCGCAUCGAAGGACUACACACGUUCAUAUAGAUUCUUCAAGCUGAUGUUCAUACGGAGAGAGAUUCGAAGCGCUAAUGUUCAUGCAUCAUACAGUGGGAAGGUAUACUCACCAUUAGUAGACGCAGCCUAUAACUUGAAUGCCCAAACAGAGACAACAAACGCAUUGAAGAUUGAAAUUUAGCGUGCCUAGAGUUAAGGGAUGCCUGUGGCGUAACAAUGUCUCUCUCGUCUCUCCCGUAGCAAGCCUUCCUCGUCGGAUAUCCUCGAUAGAUUCUAGACAGUAUAGCCAUAUCGGUUCAGAAGAAAACAAUCAAGAAGAGGCACAACAACAGAAACAACGACGACGACGACCACGACGACAACAACAACAACAACAACAAGUCCGAUGUUCAAGAAAUUCACGCCGGAAAGUCGCGCGCUCACUCUCGCCUGAGGAUUGAACACCCUACACACAACACCACUGAUAACCUCCUGACGUCACGCCAUGACGUCACAGGUCAUCAGCGCGCAGACGAGCGUCCGAGAGAAGCCGAAUCUAGCCGAGUCGGCGCGUCGUCUGCUGAAACGACUCACGACGCGUGGCGCUAGCGACGGCCGCGACUCGCAGCUACCCUGCUCCGCCGACGCCUCGCCAUCAGACAGCGACGACGCGGCAUCGGCGCUCGCCGAUCAGGAUACUCUUCCGCAGACCUUCAGCGUGCGGUACCUCGGUCGGCGGCCGACGCGCGGACUGUGGGGCAUCCGACACACGCGCCACCCCGUCGAAUCUCUCAUCGACGCCUCCAGGGGGCGUGGUCAGGAAGAUGCGCUUCCGGCGUUGCAGCUGCAGGUGUCGAAGUACGGCAUACACACGAGUGUCGUCGUCGGCAGCGACGGCGUCAGCGUCGGCGACGGCGACAGCGACGCCAUCGGCCUGCGUCCGAUCGACACGAUAUCGUACGGCGUGCAGGACGUCAAGUACUCGCGCGUCUUCGCGAUGAUCGUCGUCCGAGGCGACGCGUUUCCGGAUCCGGAUUUCGAGUGCCACGCCUACGUGUGCGAGAGCCGCCAGGGGGCGCGCCGGCUCGCCUGCGCGCUCGCGUUCGCUUUUAAGGAGUUCGGGCGCGAGUGCAUGCGCACGGAGUCGCGGCCGCGCAGGUUUGCGAUUGACCUGAGGUCGGCCGAGGAGAUCGAGAAGGAGUGCUCAUCACAGGAGCAAGACUCCGAAGCCUGACCGCCAUCUUGAUGAUUGGCCGCCAUCGCGAAGUUCAGUAGUCAUCUUGAAGCUUGGCCGCCAUGUUGAAGUUCAGUAGUCAUCUUGAAGCUUGGCCGCCAUGUUGAAGUUCAGUAGUCAUCUUGAAGCUUGGCCGCCAUGUUGAAGUUCAGUAGUCAUCUUAAAGCUUGGCAGCUAUCUUGAAGUUUGGUAGCCAUCUUCAUACUUGGCAGCCACCUUGAAGCUUGGCCGCCAUCUUGAAGAUUGGUAGCCAUCCUGAAGCUUGGCUGCCAUCCUUGAAGCUUAGCCACAAUUUUCAAUUGUUACAGCAUUAUUGAACCUUAUUCUGUAAGCUAUAAAGCAUAAACUUGGAAAAUAAUUUACGCUCUGAGUUUAACAGAAGAUCUACGGAAAAAAUUGCCAUCCACUAUCGUGCCUAUAGUAGAUUCUACAUACACGCACAGAUACAAACACGCAUGCAGUGCGUUCUAAAUAUGUUAACGGUGUUUCACAUACCGUCUAUGCGUUCUAUAUCUGGUAUGAUUACAUAAUUUUUUAUACACCAUACAAAUAAUUGCAUUGAUGCUAGUUAAUUCUGCCGUUAGCGCAUAUAUUAUUUAUAAUUUAAUCGCAAGAUGGCAGGUGAAGCAUGCACGAUUAAUUACUGCCAAUUCGUGUGUUGGCGGAAGCGGCGGGUAUGAUCGGCGUACAUAGUAAAUUACACAGAAAGAAACUAUGGCGAAAAAUACUGCAUUUGGGCGCUUGUAUGCAGGGAUACACGCAACUUGAAUUUAAACGAAAGACGUGAACCUAAAAGAUCGAUGCUUUGAAACUAGGCACACAUCAGAGCGACGGUACCGCACACCCACAGCAAACGUUGCGUGCGUCUUAUUUUUCUACACGAAUAAGACGAAUAGUUGAUCGACUCGCUAAACUUGGCAACUAAAAGCCGAUAGUUUAAUCAUGUCAUAUAAAUUUUGGAUAAUGUUGUUGCGAUAUUUGUGUCUAAGUACUCUGCUAACAUUGUUACUGGAGUUCAAUAAUUCAAUUCUUGUUGAUGCAUGUUUGUUAGCCCCGGAUCGGCUAAAGAAUUAAUGGCGUGUCCAUGUUUCAUCGGUUAAAAAUAAUACCGUAUAGUUUGCUUUCUAAUUUCUCUAUACAAUUCCAUGUGUUUCCCUACGUGCGUAUAGCUCGGAAACCGCUGCAUUAUAUUCGUCGUCUUGCUCUUCUGCUUCGGCUUCGACUUCUGCUGGAUGAAAUUCCCGAUACCAUGUGCAGAGACGAGCAUCCCUGCAGAACGUUAUCAUACUAGUAUAUGGCAGCAAAUCCAGUCUGACGGAGCAUAGAAAAUUAUAACAUUGAUGCGAUUGAAUGUAGUCGUGAGUAAAUAAACGCUUAUCCUUGGUAUCGGAA